AAUUUAUAUCUUUAUAUAGACAAAUUAACCCAUAAAAGGAAAUAACAAUCACAACUUAAAUCUCUAUCCCAUUUUUCUAUAAUUUCACAUGAAAUUACCAAUUUCAGACUGAUAAAUUGGGUGCUGUUUUUCCACUAAUAAGCCACGAUAUAUAUGAUCUUACACCCUAAUCUAUCACCUUACAAGUGUAAAUAAAACCCUAAAGAUCCUUUACACGUGCAGUGUAUAAACUGUUCUUCCAUUAAUGCAAUUUCAGAAGAAUUACUUUUCCAAUGUGAUUUAUUUAACACACACUUCAAAUUUAUAGGUGCACAGAUUAUUAAUUAUACGUACGUAGAAUAAAUAAAUAAGUAUACCAUUUUUCUUUUGUUCUAUUUCCUCUUCAUUCUAAAAGUGCCCAUUAGAUAUAGAACUAAUGGGGCAUUUUUGUGAAGUUUUGCAUGGGCUGAAACCAGUGAUGCUAAUGAUUUUGGUGCAAUUUAUAUAUACUGGAAUGAAUAUAUUUUAUAAAUUUGCGGCAAAUGAUGGAAUGAAUAUGAGAGUUUUUGUUGCUUAUCGAUGGAUUUUCUCUGCUGCUUUUACUGCCCCUCUUGCUCUCAUCGUUGAAAGGAAGAAGCGGCCAAAACUUACAUGGAUGAUAGUCUGUCAAUCAUUUUUAAGUGGUUUAUUUGGGGCAACUUUGGCGCAGAACUUGUACGCAGAGAGUUUGGUUUUGACAUCUGCAACAUUUGCUGCUGCUAUAUCAAACCUUGGUCCAGCAAUAACAUUAAUCUUGGCAGCCUGUUUUGGGUUAGAAAAGUUGAGAUUAAGGACAAUAUUAGGGAAAGCAAAGGUAAUAGGAACAUUAAUUGGAAUAAGUGGUGCAAUGGUUUUCACUUUCUACAAAGGCAUAGAAAUCAAAAUUUGGUCAACAAAUCUUCACUUUCUGAAACACAGUACCCAUCAGAUUCAAAGUAGUAAGAACCAAAUUAUGGGUUCUUGCAUGGCAUUGGCCAGUUGUUUCUGUUUUGCACUAUGGUUGAUAAUUCAAAGUAAGCUGAGCAAAGUAUACCCAUGUCAUUACUCAAAUGCAGCAUUGAUGUCUGUAAUGGGAUCAAUUCAAUGUGUUAUUUUUUCUCUUUGCUUAGAGAGAAAUUGGAGCCAGUGGAAAUUGGGAUGGGAUCUCCGCCUACUUGCUGUCGCUUAUUCGGGGAUUGUGACAUCUGGAGUGGCUGUGAUAUUGAUAGCGUGGUGUGUAUGGAUGAGAGGGCCAGUGUUUGUUGCUAGUUUUAAUCCUCUCUCCCUACUUCUUGUUGCCAUUUCAGCUUCUUUGAUGCUACAAGAACCCCUUCACCUUGGCAGCAUAAUAGGAGGAGGGCUGAUAGUGUGGGGUUUAUACAUGCUGCUUUGGGCUCAAUGCAAAGAGAUGAAGGAAAACAAUAAACUAGUGCCAGCUGAAAGUUGCCUAACAAAUGAACUCGUUCACAUUGUUUCUGAUGCUCAUCCAAAGGACCAACUACCUGUCAUUAACCAAUAGUUUUUAUCAUGUAACCAAUAAAAAUCACAAAAUAUUAAUUAUUUAAUUCCAAAACAAUAUUUAUUUGAUGUAUUUUAAUAAAAUUAAAUUAGAGUUUUUUAA